GCUUUUUUGUUGUUGCCAUAACGUCUAAUGGCUCGUGUCUGGAAGGAAAAAGGGUCUAUCUCUGAUCAAAUUUCGGGUAACCUAAGGGCACACUUAACUAAUGGGAUCCUAUCGAUGUUUCUCCCCCUCCAAGCCUGAUCUUUAAACGGUGGAAUGUUAAUGUUUCCACAGCCUGUCCGUGUUAUCUUUGGCUGCUCUGAGUCUGGCUUUAUUGCUGUUUAGUCGGUCUAUAAUGUCAUGGAGCUUGACGGAUAUGAUUUAAAAAAAACGCAGUAAACCAACACUUCUGAGACUGACUGGACUAUGGGAGUGAUCGAGUUUAUUCUGCACAUGUGUGAGGAGAAGUGUGUGUCCCAUGUUGCAUUAGUGUCUCUGUGAAAUGCUGGCCUGUCUGCCAAGGCCAGGUGAACUCCCCCUCCAGCUCCUCCCCCACACGCAGAUGAACACUGGACAUCAGAAAUGGGACACCACACAAAGGAUGCGAUCGGCUCCAUUUCCAACCCCUGCAGAAUUGGAUGCAUUUGCUAAGAAGGUUGCCAACAACCCCCUCACCAUCAAGAUCUUCCCCAACAGCGUGAAGGUCCCCCAGCGGAACCACGUGCGGCGUACAGUCAACGGGCUGGACACGUCGGGCCAGCGCUACAGCCCCUACCCCUCCUCUCAGGCCAAGGCCGGCCUCCUUGCCGUCAUCAAGGAGCCCACGGUCAAAGGCAUCCUCAAAGAUUUUGACGGCAGCAGGGCUCGCUUGCACCCUGAAGUCGUCAUGAACCCCCACACCGGACCCUACCAAGUGGCUUCGACCAGCACUUUAAACCACCACCCGGCUCUACCGAACCUCACCCGACUCCAGCAGAGCUUACCCCUUCAACAGGACCCACCUCAGACUCUACAGAUGCCCAUCCCUCCGCAGCAGGGUCACAACCAGAGCCUCAGACACCCUCCCCCCAUGGCCCAGCACCCUCAGGGCCCACCCAGACUCCAGACUCUGUCUCAGCACCCGGCCCUCGGCCACCCACAGGGGCCCCCUGGCGUCAUGCUUCAGCAGCAGCAGCACCUCCAGCAGCAGCCGGCCCCCGGCCUGCAGGGGGGCAGACAGCUGCCAGAUGGCGACGCACCGCCUAAUGUUACCGUCUCUACCUCAACCAUUCCACUCUCCAUGGCCGCCGGGCUGCACCAGGGCCACCAGGCCGAUCUGAGCCACAUCGUUCAUCAGAUCAACCAGUUCUGCCAAGCUCGGGCCCAGGGCGUGGGGGUCACCUCCAUGUGCGAGGGUCAGAUCGCCAACCCCAGCCCCAUCAAUCGCAACCUGCUCAUCAGCGCCUGCUCCAGGGUGUCCAUGCACAGCAACCCCGCCACCCCUGGUUUUCCCCAACAUAACUGCAUUAUCUGUCCUCAAGAGAAAGCCACAGGGCCAAUGGGAGCCCACCCCCAACACAGCAUGGCUGUUAUGAACCACUUGCCUUCCAACCACAAUGAUCUCAAGCAGCAGCAGCAGCAGCAUCACCUGCAGCAUCUGCAUCAACAACAGAGUCAGCAGCAGCUCCAACACAACGCGCAGCUGCAGCAGAAGAUGCUCUCUUGGAAUCAGCACCAGUUGGCUCACGUUCCCCACAUGCAGAACGGUGGGAGCCACCUCUGCAAGCAGCCUUCCAGGGACCCCGCCUUCCAUUUUAAGGGCAUGGGCUACCCGGCAGAGGUGUGUGUGGGCCAGCCUUACACUCUGAAACCUCCCAUAGAGAGGCCAACGCCCUCUCCACCUGUCAACAACAACGGAAUGCCCGGCCACAUGGCCCACUACACUAACGGCCACUACUUCCAGCCCCACGUUUGGAACAGCAGCAUCCUACCUACACCCAACAGUGACAGCUCCGGGUCUCAGGACAUAGCCAUGCCAUUCCACGGUGCGGGCCCUGGGGGCUGCACCACGCUAGACUGUGGGCCCCCUGGGGCUCCCCAUUACAUGCUAGGAACGAGCUCCUCCUCUGCCUCCGCCCAGUGUAAUCUGAUGCAAACAGCAGAUUACUUGGGUGGGGACUUCCAGACGCCCUACUUCCGCGAUCAGAAUCUAGGGCUGAUGGGCAAGAUGCACAGGCCUCCUCUGAGCAGGGCGGGUCCAGAGGUCGGGGACGGCAGAACCGCUCUCAUCCAGCACCCAGGGUACAGAUAAGCUAUGGCCUUAUCUACACUACAGUUAUCAAACCCCCUUUGUUAAGUCUUAAGAAAGGAAACACAUGAAUACAUUGAUAACUUAAACCGCUUAAAGAGGGUAAAUUAAUACAGUUUUUUUCCCCGUUUUUUUUAAUAAAUCUUGCAAGUGAUCAAUUGCUACUUUUAUUUUUGUUGAGUGCUUUUACCUGGCACUUUAGGGAACUUUUUCAUGUGUAUACUGUGUGUGUCAUUCCCUCCUUCCUCUAUUUUACUAUCUGUGUGCCUGGGUCUAAACAAACCCUGCGUUAUUUCUAUUUCAGACCUUUCAGUUAUGUUUUCUUAUGCAUGUAAGAAAAGAAAAAACAGAUGGAUCCCUGCGACGUCUAAUAAUGGAUGUUUUUGUGAUCAGGGUUAUGUCAGGAAUUGUUGGCUCAGACUAGUUUCACUACCUUUUGAUUUGGUGUUAACGCUCCGAUCUCAUCAGAAUUGAAAGAUUAAACGCAAUCAUUUGAGGGCAGAAGAGAGUAUCAGUGCAACACCACCACACACGAAUAAAAGCUCAUGCACAUGUACACAUUGUUUUAUUUUGCUUUUAACUGUAAUUAUUUAUUUGUAUAGUAGGACUAUUGAAGAUCUAUUCCUCUCUGUCAGUUAAGGAAGCAUGUAAUCAGGUUGUUUGUACAUAGUCAAGCUCCAGCUGGGAGCAGAUGCGUUGAAUAGGCAUUGCUCUGUCCUGCUGAAAAUGCUGCAAUGAAUUCAGGUGUUUAAAAACUAAAAACUUUUUGUCAAUGCCAGGAAGGUUUGGCAACGAGAUUGUGAAAUGUUAAGUGCAGAAAAAAGUAAUGAAAGAUUAACCUUAAAAUGGCCAAAGUCAUGUUAACAAGGACACACUGUUAUGAAGAUGUGCCAUUUAUGUGUUUGUUUCCUUUUUGUAACCAUGAAAAAUGUAUUACUUGAAUGUUGAGAUUAUUUGUUUUGCAGUUAUUGAAGGUUGGUAGGUUGGUUGGUUACGAGGACAAAACUCUGGAGUAGAAUGAAUAAAAGUGUUACUAAUGUUGUUUAGAAACGAGCCUCGUCAAGAGUUUUGAUCCUGACAGUGGGAACUUGAGUGAUUUAAGUUAUGUGUGGUUGCUACUGAUUCUGAUGUGAAGUCUGCUCGAAAUGAGACCAAAUUGAUCACUUGCAAGAUCACUUGGAGGAAAACAAAAAGGACUUUUAAGUUUAAAGUGAAACAGCAAAUGCAUUGUUUAUUUUAUUGUACACUGGCUUACCUACUAGACUACUGUAACUCUAAAGUUUAACGAUUGUGUGUGAAUGUCGCCUGCUGAUGAGUUAAGGGUGAGUGUGUAAGAGUGUGUGCAUAAACACAAUGACGCCCAUGUUUUGUUCACCUAACUCCCUAACAGCCCUUAAAAAGCCUUAAGUGUUUGGUCCUUGGACUUCCCUUGAAAAUGAGCAUGGUUUUAAUGAAAAACCCCAAAUAAUAAGGAGAAAGAAGAUGCUAAGGAUACACAGAAACAGCAAUUUAUUGGUUUCUUUCUUUCUGGUCUUUUUAUUUUAUUGAAGUUUUGUUGACUCGACAGAGAAAUUCCUUUAGAGAUUCUUUAUUAUGGAGAGCAAGAAAAGGAGUAAUAUUUUGUAAUUAUAUAUUUUAGCAAAGUGUAGUUACUGAGCUGUAACCAUUUUUUUCCAAGCUUCAGUUUGCAGUUGUGACUAUAAUACUUGAUUUGCUUGUUAUUUAAAUUUCAUUUUCUUCUUUUGUUUCUUGUACUAUUGCUGUGAAAUGGAAGAAGGUCCACAAGCCUUUCUUUUGUGUCAUUCUGUACGACAGAUGAGAGGCAAGAGAGUGAGAGUUGUGCUACUCUUUUUGUAAUAUUGUAAUAAUAAAAUAAAGUUCUAAUUUAUGCUUUGAAA